AUGUCCUGUGAGUGUCAAAUUCUUCAGGUCCUUCUUCCUCAUCAAGUCUCCCAGAAAUUUCUUUCUUUCUUUCUUUCUUUCUUUCUUUCUAUCUAUCUUUCUUUCUUUCUUUCUUUCUUACGUUCAUUCGUGUGUUUGUUCCUUAUUUCUUUCUUUCAUUUGUUCGUUCUAUCUUACUUUUUUCUUCCUUCCUUCAUUUCUUUCUUUGUUCGUUCGUUCUUUCUUUCAUUUGUUCGUUCUUUUUUUCUUUUUCUUUCGUUAUUUAUUUCUUUUUUUCGUUCAUUCUUUCUUUAUUCUUUCGUACGUUCGCACUUUGCGUUCGUUUGUUCGUUUAUUCUUGCAUUCGUUCACCCAUUCUUUCUUUUUUCAUUCGUUCAUUCUUUCUUUCCUCCUUUAUAUCUUUCAUGCUUUCUUACGUUCAUUUGUUCGUUCGUUCCUUCUUUCUUUCUUUCUUUUAUUUGUUCGUUUUUUCUUCCUUUUUCUUCCUUCCUUCAUUUCUUUCUUUCGUUCGUUCUUUAUUUCUUUCAUUUGUUCAUUCUUUUUCCUUUCUUCUUUUUCUUUCGUUCUUUCUUUCUUCCGUUUUUCUUUCGUUCUUUAUUUCUUUUUUCGUACGUUUUUUCUUUAUUCUUUCGUAACUUUCUUCUUUCUUUAAUUCUUUCUUGCAUUCGUUUGUUCUUUCAUUCAUUCGUUCGUUCUUUCUUUCUUUCUUUCUUUAAUUAUUUAUUUCGUUCUUUCGCCCUUUCUUUCUUUCUUUCUUUCUUUCUUUUCUUUAUUUCUUUAUUUAUUUCGUUCUUUCAUCCGUUCAUUCUUUCUUUCUUUCCUUCUUUUUUUCCUUUAUUUUUUUCGUUCGUUUGUCCGUUCGUUCUUUCUUUCUUUCAGACGUUUUCCUAA